GUAAUUAUUGCACAAGAUUUAUCGAAGAUCUUUCCUUUUUGGCACUUAACACGUCGUAAAUAUCGUAUUCCACGAUGAAUAUGUCAAUUACAAACAAUGAUUUAAUUUCAUCUCGUGAUGAUUUAUUUAAUGCUAAUAUCGAACAAUCGGAAACUAAACUUACAAAAAAAUUAUGGAUAGACGCAAAACCCAUGCAGGUGCCAAAUGUUUUGGAUCCAGAUGAUUCUUUGAUGAAGAAAUUUCAAGAUGCCCUGCGAGAACACCUUACCCGUGUUGACAAGAAGUUGAAUGAUGAAAUAUUAGAACUUGAAGGUCAGAUAAAACUUGUUGAGAAAGAACGUGAAGCCGCAGGUUUACAGUUGUAUUAUGCUCAACAAGAAAUAGCAAAGCAGCAAAUGUCAAUUGAGAAAUAUCAAAGUAUGAUAGGGAACAUCAUUUCACUGCGUGAAGAGAAAGAUGCACAUGUGAAGGAUACAAAGAGUCUUCAUAAGGCCACUCAUGCCAAAUUAUUCAAUGAGAAAAAGAAAAUGGAGAGCCUUGUUUAUGAAUUAGAACAACUUACAGCUUUGCAAGCAAAAUUCUCAGAGUGGCAAACUGAGCUAGAAAAUAGUUUGACUAUUUCCAAACAAGUGUCAAAGAAGGAUAAGACAAUUCAGCAAGAACUAAUUGCUCGGAAACAACAAAAAGACUGUAUAAUAUUUAAACUCAUGGAAGAAGUAUGGAGAAUUAAAACUGAGAUAGCUAAUUUGGAUAUACAAUUACAGCUUAAAAAUAAAGAAAAGAUUGAAACAAAUCAGAUGAUCACCGAUGUUAAUACCGACUUGGAAGCAUUGCACAAACAACAUGCAAAUUUAUGCAAUGCUUGGAAUUCUGUUAUACUGAAUAUUACUAAGCGAAAUAAAGUUUAUGAACAAAUAAAUGCAGAACGCGAGAAAAUAUGCGACUCUUUCAAUAUGUUACGUGCGGAAAUAGAGAAAUUGAAGAAAGACACUUCUAAAGAAGCAGAGAAUAACGAGACUUUGACUUCGUUGCACGUACGAAUAGAAGACAACAUACAAACUAAUCUGAAACUAAUGACAAUAGAAAAUGACAAACUUGACAACUUGCAAUCUGAAUUAGUAAAAUUAGGAAAAUUUAGUGAACGUGAACAAUAUGAAUAUGAUUUAAUUAGCGGUGAAUGGCAAUGUUUAUUAAAUGAAGAGGAAGGAAUUGAUAAAGAAUUCACUAAAUUUUUAAAUAAACACAACACUUUGGAGAAUGUAAUAUAUAGCAGACUGGUAGAAAAAAUAACACAUGACAAAACAGCGCGAUAUUUGAAUAAAUUAUUAUUAGAUUCUAAAGAAUCAAUGCAAGAACAAGAAUUGUUGCUAGUAGAAGCUGAAAACUCAUAUGGAAGGAAAUUAUUGGAUUUGGAACAACUCAAUUCGACUAUCCCUCAGGAGAAGUUGGAGUUUGAAGAACUUUUGCAAAAUAAUGCUGCAAGAGGCAGAGAGAUAGAUGAAAUUCAGAAAGAAAUCAAGAAACAUGAAGUAGCAAUUGAAAGGAAGCAAGUCAAAAACGUCACUCUGAAUAAAACUAUCGAAGAAAUGUUAUCGCAUACAGGCGGCGAAGAAAUUAAUCCUGUUGAUUUAAAGAUAAUCAGCUUGGAAAAAAAUAUUGCGGAGACACAACAGAAUAAUCAGAAAGCACAACAAUAUUGGAUCCGCCAGGAAGGACACAUGAUCACAUUGAGUCAACAGAGAGAUUUACAACUACAGGAAGUCAAUCUUCUUAAUAAAGAAAUAAUGAUAAUGGAGCAGAAAAAUUUGAAGAUAGAACAUGCCUUGGAAAUGCUCCAUAAAGAAGACUCGAAUAUGGAGAAAAUAAUGAAUUUGUUACAACAAAGAUUGGUACAAAUGAAUGCACAGUUAGUUAUUCAAAAAGGUCUGAAAGAGGAACUAGAGAACAAGAAUUUUAUCACAAGAAACGAGGGUGUACAAUCCUUAGAAGAUGCAGAAAUGAAUUUAAUACAAAUGCAAGGUGAUCUCAAGCAUUUACACGAGGAAAAGACACUUUUAAGGAGUAAUUUAGAUGCAGUGCAACGAGAAAGCUUAUCAUGGGAGAAAAAGAUGCAAUUAAUGCAAGAAACUAUAAAAAGCUUGAGGGACGAACGUAAUAGCGGCGGAGACAUUGCAGUAAUGAAAAGUGAAAUUCAUAAAAUGGAAAUGCGUCUGUCGCAUUUGCGUAGAGCACAAGAAAAAUUGAUACAUGACAUGGAAUUUUGUAUCUCACGCCGAGAUAUUAUGUUAGACAAAGUUAUGGAUAAAUUUAAAAAAGAUCCAAAAGGCCAACAUAAUCAAAAAGUUAUAUUCCGUAAACGCCUGGCUGAUCAAAAGUUGAAAAUUAAACAAAUCAUGAAGGACAUCAGAAAAAUUGAAAAUAGAAUACAAGAGUUAGAGGAUCAAAUAAAAAAUAUAAUAGAAAAGUGCAACGAAUCACGUGCAACGUUAAAAGCAAUAGAAGACAUUGUUCCAAAUGUGGAUCAGGAAAUUAUACAAACGGAAGCUAUUAAAUAUCAUAAUUUACAAGCAUUGGUUUUUAAACAACGGAAAGCUAAAAUGCUCCAAGAUAUCAAAAAUGGCCGAUACAAGAUGCUGUUCAAGAGUGAAACAGCAUUGAAUGAAGAAUUCCAAAAUGAACAGAUCCUUCAUGAUUACUUAAAACAUAUAAUGGAACGAACUAGUCAAGACUUCCCUUUAUUGAAAAAUAAUAUCAAAAAGAUACUUCUGACAUUGGAAAUAUUAUAAAAUUCCGUUAAAUGUGUUAACAGAGA